GACAACGAAGGAAGGCUGUUAAGGAAGCAGAGCAAGUAGACUUGAGAUGCAGUUGCCAUCAGAACUGGUGUAAAAUCGCGAGCAUUUUCUGAGCCUUAUCAUUAUUAUCUUCAGACUUGUCAAUCAAACAGCAUCCUCAGCCACCCUGAGAGGCAGAACAAGAUAGAUUCAGUGAAUAAGUAGGAGUUGUAGCAGGAGAGCCGUAGCAAAACCUGCCUCAGCAAGCCAGAAGGCAGCUUCUGACAGGAUGGCUACAAUCACUUGUACCAGGUUCACUGAGGAAUACCAACUGUUCGAAGAAUUGGGCAAAGGAGCUUUCUCAAUAGUCCGGAGGUGUGUGAAGGUUCUCUCUGGCCAUGAAUAUGCAGCCAAAAUUAUCAACACCAAGAAGCUUUCUGCUAGGGAUCACCAGAAGCUGGAAAGAGAAGCUCGUAUCUGCAGGCUCCUGAAACAUCCAAAUAUUGUGCGGCUGCAUGAUAGUAUCUCAGAAGAAGGUUACCAUUACCUCAUCUUUGACCUGUAA